AUGGAGAACGUUGAGUACCUUCAGGCACCGGUUGACGGCAAGGAGCCCCGCCGCGUUGUCGUGCUCAACUACAGCGACCUCGAGCAACCCAAUGUAGACCUGUCUGCAGCGAUCGAAGAGGCUUACGGCUUCAACGGUCUGGGUAUCCUCGCCGUUCGUGGCGUGCCCAACUUCAUGCAGCUUCGUGGUGAACUGCUGCCUCUCAUCCACAAGUUCGCCACCCAGCCCGAGGAGGUAAAGAAGAAGACAGAGCACCUGGAGAGCAGCUACAGCUUCGGCUGGUCCCAUGGCAAGGAGGUGCUCGAGGGCAAGCCCGACUUCUCCAAGGGCUCCUACUACAACAACCCCGUCUACGACCGUCCGUUCGACGACGAGGAGCUCAUCAAGAAGUACCCUUCGUUCUGCCACCCCAACAUCUGGCCCGAGGGCAUGCCAGAGUUCAGGGAUGGCUUCAUGAACAUGGGCAAGCUGCUCGUGGACGUGGGUUUGCUCAUUGCCAAACAGUGCGACAUCUUCGUGAAGAAGCAGUGUCCGGCGUUCGAGGAGGGCAAGCUCGAGCGUAUUGUGCGGGAGAGCCGAACGGCCAAGGGCCGCGCCCUUCACUACUUCCCCAUCGAGGAAUUCACAAGCGACGAGUGUGGCGAGAAGAGCUGCCAGUCCACCCACGAUGCCGACGUCUCUUCGUGGUGCGGUUGGCAUAACGAUCACGGCUCGCUGACGGGCCUCGUCCCGGCCAUGUACAUGAGCAAGGAGGGCGCCGAGGUCACCAACCCCGACUCCUCGUCCGGUCUCUACAUUCGCGCCAGGAACGGCGAUCUGGUCAAGGCCGUCAUCCCCUCCGAGUACAUGGUCUUCCAAAUUGGCGAGACGGCGUGCAUCCACAGCGGAGGCUACCUGCAGGCUACGCCGCACUGCGUGCGAGGUGCGGCGGGCGAGAAGGCUCGCGGCGUGAGCAGGGAGACGAUGGCCGUCUUCAUGGAGCCCAUGUGGGACGAAUCCAUGACCGUGCCCGCCGGCGUUGAACCUGAUAUGGCCACCCGAGGCUCGGGCGCGCAGCACCUGCCCAAGGGCGUGCCGCCUCUGGCCACGCGCUGGAACGAAACGCAGGACUUUGGCUCCUUCACCACUUCCACCCUCUCGUCCUACUACUGA